AGUUCUCCUGAAGUGAAAGUGUUUCUCUUUCAGCUGAGACACCGUUUUGUUGCUGUUGGGAGAAAAUAAUAAUAAAAACUCCAACUCCAGGCAGAACCAGUGAGAUUAAUGAAACCCAUCAUGGAGUGCUGAGUAAAAAAGUGUAAUUCAUUCACUCCAAGAGAUCAGUGUCUUCAGGAAUCAGCAGUGAGUCCAUGAGCUGUGUGUCCAUACACUGAUAUUCAAAAAUGGAGAGCCGUGAUCUGGACAUAGAUAAUGUGACCCCACCCUCAGAAAAGCGUAAACUCCAGAUGAAGAGAUCAGACUCACCAGAACCCAGCUGUGUCUCCAUGAAGAGUGAUCGGUCUAUGGAUCGUCCUUUGUACUUUAACAGUGGAAACCCCUCAUCUGUCCGCAGUAAACUCCAGAUGAAGAGAUCAGACUCACCAGAACCCAGCUGUGUCUCCAUGAAGAGUGAUCUGUCUAUGGAUCGUCCUUUGUACUUUAACAGUGGAAAUCCCUCAUCUGUCCGCAGUAAACUCCAGAUGAAGAGAUCAGACUCACCAGAACCCAGCUGUGUCUCCAUGAAGAGUGAUUGGUCUAUGAAUCAUCCUUUGUACUUUAACAGUGGAAAUCCCUCAUCUGUCCGCAGUAAACUCCAGAUGAAGAGAUCAGACUCACCAGAACCCAGCUGUGUCUCCAUGAAGAGUGAUCUGUCUAUGGAUCGUCCUUUGUACUUUAACAGUGGAAACCCCUCAUCUGUCCGCAGUAAACUCCAGAUGAAGAGAUCAGACUCACCAGAACCCAGCUGUGUCUCCAUGAAGAGUGAUCUGUCUAUGGAUCGUCCUUUGUACUUUAACACUGGAAACCCCUCAUCUGUCCGCAGUGUUUUACAGAAGGCAGGAGACAGAAGAGAAAAGAUCUUCAUCACAGAUACAGGGCACGCCCCAGAAUCUGCUGCUGGAAAUGACGUCCGGAAAAAAUUCAGAUUAAAUCUGAUGAAGAAGUUUCAGUGCUUAAAUGAAGUGAUAAUAAAGCAGGAAAACCGAGUGCUCCUGAAUGAGAUCUACACAGAGCUCUACAUCACAGAGGGAGACAGUGGAGACGUCAAUAAAGAACAUGAGGUGAGACAGAUCGAGGCAGCGUCCAGGAGAAAAACAACAGAGGAAACACCAAUCAAAUGCAACAACAUCUUUAAGCCCUUAUCUGAAGAAGACGAACCCAUCAGAACUGUAGUGACAAAGGGAGUGGCUGGUAUCGGAAAAACAGUCUCUGUGCAGAAGUUCAUUGUGGACUGGGCUGAAGGGAAAGCAAAUCAGGACGUCCCCCUCAUAUUUCCACUUCCUUUCAGAGAGCUGAAUCUGAUGGAGGACCAAAACCUGAGUCUGAUGGAGCUCCUUCAUGUCUAUUUUAAGGAAAGCAAAGAAACAGAAAUGUCCGGGUUGGGAAAGGUUCUGUUCAUUUUUGAUGGAUUGGAUGAGUGUCGUUUCCCUCUGGAUUUCCAGAACACAGUGAGUGUGUGUGAUGUAACUGAAUCAGCAUCAGUGCAUGUGCUGCUGAUAAACUUGAUCAAAGGGAAUCUGCUUCCCUCUGCUCUCAUCUGGAUCACCUCCCGACCAGCAGCAGCUGAUCAAAUCCCCUCUGAGUACGUCCACCGAGUCACAGAGGUACGAGGGUUCAAUGACCCUCAGAAGGAGGAGUACUUCAGGAAGAGGGUCAGUGAUCAGAGCCUGGCCGAGAACAUCAUCACACACCUGAAGUCAUUAAGAAGCCUCUACAUCAUGUGUCACAUCCCAGUCUUCUGCUGGAUUUCAGCCGCUGUUCUAGAGAGAAUGUUGGGUGAAGCAGAUAGUAGAAAGAUCCCCAAGACUCUGACUCAAAUGUACACACACUUCCUCAUCAUUCACACCAACACCAUCAGAGGAAAGUACUCAAAGAAGCAGGAGAGUGAUGAAGAAAUGCUUCUCAAACUGGGAAAACUGGCUUUUGAGCAGCUGGAGAAAGGCAACCUGAUCUUCUAUGAGGAAGACCUGAGAGAGUGUGGCAUUGAUGUGACAGAAGCAGCAGUGUACUCUGGUGUGUGUACGCAGAUCUUCAGAGAGGAGGUUGGGCUUCACCAGAGUAAAGUGUACUGCUUUGUUCAUCUGAGCGUUCAGGAGCAUCUCGCAGCUCUGUAUGUUCAUCUGACCUUCAUGAAGGAAAAGAGAAAUGUUCUUGAUCAGAGUCAGUCCAGUAAUUUGUAUUUUUGGUCCUUUAAGACAAUUUCAGAUGUACACAGGAGUGCUGUAGAUCAGACCUUAAAAAGUCAGACUGGACAUCUGGAUCUGUUCCUCCGCUUUCUUCUGGGUCUCUCACUGAAGUCCAAUCAGAAACUCUUACGUGCCUUAGUAACACAGACAGGAAGUAGCUCCUGGACAAGAAAGAGGAAAACAGUUCAGUACAUUAAGGAGAAGAUCAGUGAAAAUCUUCCUGCAGAAAAAUCCAUCAAUCUGUUCCACUGUCUGAAUGAACUGGGUGACGAUUCUCUAGUGGAGGAAAUCCAACGCUACGUAAAAUCUGGAAAACAAAAUAAAUUCUCUCCUUCACAGUGGUCUGCUCUGGUGUUUGUGUUACUGACUUCAGCACAGGAGCUGGAGAAGUUUGACCUGAGUAAAUAUACCAGUACAAAGAAGAUACCAGAUGAGGUUCUUGUGAAAGUGAUGCCUGUGAUUUCAGCAUCCAGAAAAGCAAGGAUCAGUUGUGAUACGAUCAAAGGGAGAAGCGCUGAAGCUCUGGUCUCAGUGCUCAACUCAGAAACCUCCAGUCUGAGAGAACUGCAUCUGACUGUGAAGACACUGGAUCUGUCUGGGAAUAAACUAGAAGACUCAGGAGUGAAGCGUCUCUGUGCUGUACUGGAGAAUCCUCACUGUAAAGUGGAGACACUGAAGUUGUGUGGUUGUGGUGUCUCAGAUGAAGGCUGUGCUGCUCUGAGUUCAGCUCUGAGAUCAAACCCCUCACACCUGAGAGAACUGGAUCUGACUAAUAAUAAUCUGGGAGACUCAGGAGUGAAGCGUCUCUGUGCUGUCCUGGAGAAUCCUCACUGUAAACUGGAGAAACUGAGGAUCAGUUGUGAUACAAUUAAAGGGAGAAGCGCUGAAGCUCUGGUCUCAGUGCUCAACUCCGAAACCUCCAGUCUGAGAGAACUGCAUCUGACUGUGAAGACACUGGAUCUGUCUGGGAAUAAACUAGAAGACUCAGGAGUGAAGCGUCUCUGUGCUGUACUGGAGAAUCCUCACUGUAAAGUGGAGACACUGAGGUUGUGUGGUUGUGGUGUCUCAGAUGAAGGCUGUGCUGCUCUGAGUUCAGCUCUGAGAUCAAAUCCCUCACACCUGAGAGAACUGGAUCUGUGUAAUAAUAAUCUGGGAGAAUCAGGAGUGAAGCAUCUCUGUGGUGUACUGGAGAAUCCUCACUGUAAACUGGAGACACUGGGGAUCAGUUGUGAUACGAUCAAAGGGAGAAGCGCUGAAGCUCUGGUCUCAGUGCUCAACUCAGAAACCUCCAGUCUGAGAGAACUGCAUCUGACUGUGAAGACACUGGAUCUGUCUGGGAAUAAACUAGAAGACUCAGGAGUGAAGCGUCUCUGUGCUGUACUGGAGAAUCCUCACUGUAAACUGGAGAAACUGAAGUUGUGUGGUUGUGGUGUCUCAGAUGAAGGCUGUGCUGCUCUGAGUUCAGCUCUGAGAUCAAACCCCUCACACCUGAGAGAACUGGAUCUGUCUAAUAAUAAUCUGGGAGACUCAGGAGUGAAGCGUCUCUGUGCUGUACUGGAGAAUCCUCACUGUAAAGUGGAGACACUGGGGUUGUGGGGUUGUGGUGUCUCAGAUGAAGGCUGUGCUGCUCUGAGUUCAGCUCUGAGAUCAAACCCCUCACACCUGAGAGAACUGGAUCUGACUAAUAAUAAUCUGGGAGAAUCAGGAGUGAAGCGUCUCUGUGCUGUACUGGAGAAUCCUCACUGUAAACUGGAGAAACUGAGGUUGUGGGGUUGUGGUGUCUCAGAUGAAGGCUGUGCUGCUCUGAGUUCAGCUCUGAGAUCAAACCCCUCACACCUGAGAGAACUGGAUCUGACUAAUAAUAAUCUGGGAGACUCAGGAGUGAAGCGUCUCUGUGCUGUACUGGAGAAUCCUCACUGUAAAGUGGAGACACUGAAGUUGUGGGGUUGUGGUGUCUCAGAUGAAGGCUGUGCUGCUCUGAGUUCAGCUCUGAGAUCAAACCCCUCACACCUGAGAGAACUGGAUCUGACUAAUAAUAAUCUGGGAGACUCAGGAGUGAAGCGUCUCUGUGCUGUACUGGAGAAUCCUCACUGUAAAGUGGAGACACUGAAGUUGCGGGGUUGUGGUGUCUCAGAUGAAGGCUGUGCUGCUCUGAGUUCAGCUCUGAGAUCAAACCCCUCACACCUGAGAGAACUGGAUCUGACUAAUAAUAAUCUGGGAGACUCAGGAGUGAAGCGUCUCUGUGCUGUCCUGGAGAAUCCUCACUGUAAACUGGAGACACUGGGGAUCAGUUGUGAUACGAUCAAAGGGAGAAGCGCUGAAGCUCUGGUCUCAGUGCUCAACUCCGAAACCUCCAGUCUGAGAGAACUGCAUCUGACUGUGAAGACACUGGAUCUGUCUGGGAAUAAACUAGAAGACUCAGGAGUGAAGCGUCUCUGUGCUGGACUAGAGAAUCCUCACUGUAAAGUGGAGACACUGAAGUUGUGGGGUUGUGGUGUCUCAGAUGAAGGCUGUGCUGCUCUGAGUUCAGCUCUGAGAUCAAACCCCUCACACCUGAGACAACUGGAUCUGACUAAUAAUAAUCUGGGAGACUCAGGAGUGAAGCGUCUCUGUGCUGUACUGGAGAAUCCUCACUGUAAACUGGAGAAACUGAGGUUGUGGGGUUGUGGUGUCUCAGAUGAAGGCUGUGCUGCUCUGAGUUCAGCUCUGAGAUCAAACCCCUCACACCUGAGAGAACUGGAUCUGUCUAAUAAUAAUCUGGGAGACUCAGGAGUGAAGCGUCUCUGUGCUGUACUGGAGAAUCCUCACUGUAAACUGGAGACACUGAGUUUCGGCGAACACUUCCGCCUUCUUCAAAACAAUCACCAGAUGUCGAGUGGUGACGUGCCUUAUCAGCUGAUGUACUCUAUGGAGGCGUGAACGUCCCGCCCAAUUUGACAGGUAGUCCACGCCUCCUUCUGUCAGGUCGCUGCCCCAGGACUGCGCUCCAAGUGUGUGACAGCGCGUACGCUCCCUCAUCUCGGUUCAUCGUCCUCUGCGCCCGCUUGCGUAUCGCCACUGCCUCCAAAAUCCAACGCUGGUAUCUAUUCUCUUCAGCGCGAAUGACUCUGGCCUCUUCCCAAUUCAUAAUAUGAUUUUGUCGUUUGCAGUGGUCUGAAAUGGCUGAUUUUAAGUUUUCUUGGUUUGCUUUUUCUUUUUCGGAUCUAGUGAGUCUUUUUGUUGUUUCUUUUUCACAUUCUAAUUGGUGUUCUUUCCUGCGAGUGUGGAAGCAUCUGCCCGUUUCGCCAAUAUAAACUUUAUUACAUGAACGGCAAGGGAUUUCAUAUAUGACAUUGCAUUUAUUGUCCAGUUGUAUUUUGUCUUUGGGGUGAACUAGCAGCUGUCGGAGGUUCUUGUAUGGUUUGACCGGGGUGUUGAUGUGGUAUUUCCUCAUGGAUCGUUGGAUGCGUUCUGUAACUCCUUUUAUGUAUGGUAAUGUGACAAAGCCACGGUUUGUUUUUUCUGUGUUUUUUCUUGUUUGUUUUUUUUCUUUUAUUUGUGUCUGUAAUUUCCCUUUCCGAAUUGCCCACGGUGGAUAUUGGCAGGUUUUUAAUGCCUGUUGGAUGUGUUGUUCCUCCUCCUGUCUGUCUUUCUCCUCCGUGAUGCUCUGUGUUCGGUCGUAUAGUGUUCUGAUUACUGACAUUUUGUGUGCGAUGGGAUGUUCAGAUGUCCAGAGAAGAUAUUGGUCGGUGUGUGUAGGUUUUCUGUAUGUUGUAAUUCUGAUAUUACCUUCUUCUGUGUGGUGUAUUUUUAGGUCCAGAAACGCUAUUGUCUUGUCCGUUUCCUCUUCGUGUGUGAAUUUGAUGUUGCCUGUCUUGUCUAUAGAGUUUAAAUGAUCCGUGAGUUGUUGUGUGUGGCCUGUUUUGGUUAUUUCAAGAAUGUCAUCAACGUAUCUUUUCCAGAAGAUAGGUUUGCAGUCAUCCGGUGCUGUUUCUAUGGCUCAGGUUUCCAGAUCCUCCAUAAAAAAGUUGCAUAGAGUGGCAGAUAGCGGGUCCCCCAUUGCAAAUCCCUCUUUUUGUCUGUAAAUUGUACCUCUGAAUUGGAAAUAUGUGGACGUGGAAAUGAAAUGUAAUAGUUUUGUUAUGUCCUGUGCUGUAAGUUUUGUACGUUUUUUUCAGGGUUCUGUCUGCUUUUAACCGGUUUUCUACUAUGUUGAGAGUGUUUGUGACCGGUGUUUUUGUAAAGAGGGAUAUGACGUCAUGUGAUACAAAGAUUUCAUCCUUUUUUAUCUUGAUUUCCUUUAGUUCUUUCGCCAGUUGUUUUGAGUUUUUGCAGUGGUAUUCCGUGAGUCCGAGGAGUGGUUUAAUUAUGUCUGCCAGUGUCUUGGAAAGGUUGUAAGUAACUGAUCCUAUACUGUCUACUAUGGGUCUUAGUGGUGCUCGGGGUUUAUGAAUUUUGGGUGUGCCGUAUAUCCGGGGGGUGAUGUCUGCUGUGGGGAUGAGGUGGUUGUAUGUUUGUUUAUCGAUUUUGUUGUCGUCCAUUAACGGUUUGAGUAAUAGUUUUAGUCUUUUUUUCUUUUCCUCUGUCGGGUCUUUUCUGAGUAUUUCAUAUGUGUAUGGGUCCGCGAGCAUUUCAUUCAUUUGUUUUUCAUAUUGAUUAGUGUCCAUGAUAACCGUGGUCCUCCCUUUAUCAGCCAGUAGUAUUGUUAUUUUCUUGUUCUUUGUAAGUGUUCUGAUGGCUUCCAUUUCCUGUUUAGUUGUGUUUCUGGGUGGCAGUUUAGCUGAGGUGAGGAUGCCUGCUAUUUCGUUCCUUAAUGCGGCUUUCUGUCCUUGGUCCUGUAACAUGUUGCAUGCUAGUUCCGUAGCCAGUAUGAAUUCUUCAUUCGGGAUUUUAUUUGGUGUGAUGGCAUAGUUUAGUCCCCGUGAGAGUAUAGUGUGUGCUGCUGUUGUUAGUGUGUGUUUAGACAGGUUGCAUAUCCAUUUUUCAUUUAUUUGCUUGUCCUUGCAUUUAUUUUGUUUCUUUUUGAUAAGCCUAUUUAGUUUUUUAAUAUGGCGUGUUUUUAUUUUUGAGAAUUCUUGUUCUUGUAUUGCAUUUAGAUGUUCUUCCAUACUUUUUUCCAUGUCACUUCUGAGUUUGAACCGGUGUUUGAAAUCUUGUGUUCUUUGUGUUAUUUCUGUAUUUAAAUUGUUGAUUUUGUUUGUCGUGCAUCUAAUU